AUCUGAAAACACCAUAUUAAGAAACCAGAUAGUGCAAUUUUGAUAACAUUUUAUUUUUAAAAUUACAGCUAAUGAUAUGCGUCACGUAAUGACAAUGCCAAUCACUUUCAUGCGAAUAUUCGGUCAGCUAAAGAUUCAUCAGAGAUGCAACAAGUCACCCGUUCAGUCUGUUGAUCCUUCCUAGAAUCAUCAUAUAUUAAGUUAGACCGAGGGUGUCUUUAGAGAAUUCAAUAGGAUCGAAGCGAACCUUACGAAACAGAGUAGAGAGAAUUCAAAGCCUACGCCAAUGGAUCACCCCUCUUCGCUAAAGGUCAUUUGCCAAAGCUCUUCCGGAAUUGUCCGAAUGCUAGCUAGUGAGGCAUCCGACGUGUGGAGUACGAAAGGAGUCAGUAUAGCAAUGUUCGCUAGGAAUAGAAGAUAAGCUCUCUCUCACGCUCGCGGUACAGUAGUUGGACCGUACAGAAGGACGUAUAAAAGCGAAACGUAAGAAUUAACAAGGGUGUAUUCCGACGUUCCUAUCGGUUGCUUCAUCCUCGUCUGCGUCCCGUUCAUCCAUAGCAUCGUCUCCUUUUAACCUGAGGCCCGUCCAAUCCUCUCAAAUCUCCCACCAGGCGUCACCAUCCCGUAUUUCCCCUCUUAUAACGUCUCACCGACUCACAGUUGUGGCCCUCAGUCUGUAGUCCCUCUCUUUCUUUCUCUCGCUCAUUCUCCUAAGCCUCUACCUCUUUGUUCGACGGCUCCCCUGCUCUGCCCCUCGCGGAGUGAGCGCCAGGCUCUGCGCGUUCGAUACACGGAAUCGCCUCGUGGUUCUCGGAACGCAGCAGACUGUCGCCAGCCACGCCAGACGGCGCACCGCUCGCCCGCUCUCUCUUAACAGCUCUGGCAGAAGCUCGCCCACAGGCUGCAACUCACCCACGGCUCCCUCGCUCGUGUUCGCUCGUAGAGUCUAGCUGCCAGAGCGGUUAGAGCCGCUCGUUCUCGUCAGUUACGCAACAGUAACAACACGGAGAAGAGCUAGCGUGCUCGUGCCGCAGGCUCCUCCGACAACGAAGAAGCGAGACUGAGGAAAUACGGAGGAGUGGAACGAGCACUUGUUGAGACCGGUCGGGGGUCGCUUUGUUACUGUUGUUGAUACUGUUUUAAAUAUUCUGUGAAGUUACGGUGUUAAUACGUCUGGGUAGACCAUAGCUGCCUGUUAUAAAAAGGAAAGAAAAGCCGUACGUGCUUGGUGAGAGCGCCGAAAUAAGAGAGUAGCUGAGGUGGAGUGUGAAGGUGGGUGAAGAAGGAGAAAGAAAAAGCGCGUGGCGCGUUGAUGCGAAUGACAUGUGUAAACAAGUGCGCGACGAGCGACUUCGUGACUGCGGCCUGAGCGAUUUACGAAAAUUACGAAAUAAAUGAUUAAUAGCAGUGUUGUUAAGGUCAUAUGAAAAAGUGGUGCGUGUAAUGUGCUCGGAUGAUUGUCAGUCGGUCUAACUGGUUAGAGUUAAAUUUAACUAUCAAGAUUCAAGACUGCGUGUGCCUCUGUCCGAGGAACCAGUAGACUGGAGACAGGAGAUAAGGAGGGUUUAAGUCUGAGAGAGGUUAGGUACUGUAGAACCUAACUCACUGAACGAAGACCUCGUGGCUGGAUACACGUUACUCUACGUUGUGCUUGAUACUCGAUACGCACAAUAUAUAUAACUAGGAAAAAGUGUUGAAUUCCCGGUAGAAAUUUUAAAGGUCACCAGACGAUCAUCAGGAUCCUACGUGAAUCGACAGCACCGUCGAGGUGUCUGCCUGAGAGGUGUAAACGCUCGUCGCGCGGCGUGUAAAUACUUCUCGUAAUUAGGCGCCAAUGACGUCAGCUAGUCCGAGGUAGCCCGAUCGAGUCGGAAGGAGAAUUCGUCGGUUCGUAAGUCAGAGAAUGGUAGUGGGGUUGACGAGGAGGAGUGCGGCGGUGGAGGCAGAGUCAGUGAGGCAGUCGCCUGAGCCCGUGGAAUUGCUCCGUGCUCACGGCACAGCCGAUUAUUUCAACGUAUAUGCUACGGGCAAUGACUAACUCCGUGCUAAGUGUGUUUGCAGCAGCGGGGGACAUCGUGAACGGGCUCGAUUCUGUGUUGGUGACGACUACGUCAGCACUGGUCGGACGAGAUUUGCAUAGCAAACAGAUUGACGCGCUGGUAAGUGGAUAACGAGAGAGGAGUCGCGCGAAGCGUCCCGACGUAUCUCUAACGAGUCGAAAAAAUCGUGACGGAACGAACUUUUAAAAUCAGCUACGAGAAGAAGGAUCGCCUAGAGUGCCACGAGGAGAAUCUAGACAUCGCGGUGGAAGACGUCGGUCGUUUUAUACGUGACGUUGGGACAGUGCGAGUCUUAAAAUAGAGUGAGUUUGGCUUGAGAGUGCGUGGCGGAGGGAAUACCCCCGAGCAAAUAAACGGGCGAGGAUUCUUCGUGAUAAACAAAAGUGCAUCGAGUCUGUGAUAUAUCCGGGAAAAGGUUAAACCGAGAUUGAGAAGCCUAACGCUGUAGGGAAUGCAAAGAGGAUAGUAAUCUUAAAAGGAGAGUAUAAUAAAUACUAUAAGAAUAACUGAAAACGUGCACGUGGAUAUGUGUCUCUUGAAUGACGUACGCGACGAAGUGUCCCGACGAUCCUAGUAACUUCUUGGAUUAUUGUUGGUGGUGAAAGUGCGUGUUCUGUGAUAUAGUAACGGUGUCUCUAUUGCGCGAGGUCUAUCAACCACGAGGGUUUCCCUCGACGACGAUCGACGAACUCGCCGCCGACUUCCCUGUCUGACGGCCUCUCGACGAUGGAUCGCCGUUCCUGCUCGUCGUAUUAUUCGUAUUCUCGCGGAGGCUGCGAGAGGAUCGAGGCUCGAGCUAUGCCGAUGGAGUAACAAGUGAGCGGCGAAGCGGCGUUGCCAUGACGACAGAGACCCACACUGUGGCGAUGACAGACCCACAGUUGAACAACAAUAAUAACAACAAUAAAAAUAAUAAUAACAACAACGAUGGCGAGCCCAAGUACCUGCAUAAGAAAUUCAAGAAGAUGGCCACGACGGAAGUGGCGCCUGUGGAAUCUCGGAAGGAGACUUCACCGGACCCCGCCACUCCGGAACCCGCUAAGAAGAAGGAUACCAGGGACAGUAAGGAUGCCAAGGAUAACAAGGAUAGGAAGGAGUCGAGCAAGGUCGAAGCGUCUCCGGAAGCUGAGGGUGAACCCGUUGAGACCAGGAAGAGCGGAUACGUCUGUCCCUACUGUAAAUUAUCCUGUGCUAAGCCAAGUGUUCUCCAGAAGCACAUCCGGGCCCAUACGAAUGAAAGGCCCUACCCAUGCGUGCUCUGCGGAUUCGCCUUUAAGACCAAGUCUAAUCUGUACAAGCACAGCAGGUCGCGGGCGCACGUUCUCAAGAUGAAAGGAAUCGAUGCCAGCAAGGUAUCCGAGGAUUCGGAUAUAAGUCUAUCGGACAGCGCCAGUAACGGUACCGGCACGCCACCUCCGCCACCGGCAUCGACUCCAAGCUCUAUCUCCAGCACGAAAACCGUAAAGACCGGUAAGAUCUACAAGCCAAAGUUCCACACGGCCCUGCAGAGUGUGAGCAACGACGCCGAGACCUCUUCCCUCUCGUCAAAUUCCUCCACGAGCUCCACCUCGAAUUCGAAGCCUAACGCGGAACAGCUGCAGGAGCACAUCGAUAAGAUAAUCACGGACAAUCAGGCCAUUGUGGACGCGGUCGACCCGAGACUGCACAAGCUGAUGCAGAGGCAGCAGAGCCUCGUGGAGCCGAAAAAUUGUGAGCAGCCGCUGAAUUUAUCCUCGGCGGAGGAAGCGUCGCCGAGGAAAAGGUGCUACAGCGACAGCUUCACCCAGGAGCUGGAUAAUCCUCAGAAUCCAGAAGGUUCCAUAAUCAAGGAUCUGCUUCUGAAGACUCGCGGUCAGAAUGCUGAGACCACAGACGCCGUUGACUGUGGCAACUUUGUUUGUCCCUUCUGCAAGAUUUCAUACACAAGCGCCGAUAACUUGGACGCCCAUAGGAAGUAUUACUGCAAGGGCGCGUCCGGCGCAAGGAGGCCGGACUUUCAGUUGGACCUUGAGAAGAAAGAAUCCGAGUUCGAGGUUAAGUCUGAUUACUAUAAUACCCUGCAACCCCUACCCUCACCCGGACCUCUUCUGGGUAACACAAGGCUGGUGGACGCCUACGCACCGCCUACCAAGAAACAAAAAUCCGAGACGGUGCCUACUACGUUACGGUCACUCGAGGAAUUCAUUACGAACAUUCACUCCAGACCUAAUUCAUUGCAAAUGUUCGGCGGUGAGGUUAGGAUACUGGAUAAUACUGGCGAAACAAAGACCAUGAGGAUUGAACCCCGGCAAACGAACUCGCCAAACGAGCACAUUGUCAACAGCAAGUGCGCAACUUCCGCUACUGCAUCCAUUGUAGUAAGAUCUGGUCUUCACUCGGGUGGUACUAUGGUUCACAAGCCACCUGGUACACCAGCGAGCACUCCAAGUUCCUCUAUAUCCCUGCCGAAUACUCGUACAAUGCUGGCACCCAUCAUGCCGAACAUAUCACCACCUAACUUAGCUCCUAGGAUGACGUGUUACAAUUAUCUCGAGCCUCAUUUAAAUCCCUUGACGAGCAUCACUGCCUAUAAUCCUCUGACCUUACCCCAGGCUGGUAUCACUAGUAUACUACACGGUGGUAAGGUCAUUCCGUACGUGCCUGGUAUGCCAGGACCACAUACCCUGACCGGAGCACCAACUGUAGACAUAUCCGCAAGUAUCGCCACUGGUGAUUCCUCUGGGUACAAGGUGAUACCUGGUAUACCUGGUCUUCAUAUGAUUCCUCAACCUCUGGAUCUUGCUAGUCCGGUCAAAGUUCAGACUCCCAACGUACCCGGGAUCCCGGGUCCACUGUCUAACAUGCAAAUGUCCAGCCUGGGACAGCCACUGGAUCUCGCCAGUCCUGCUAAGGACUUUAAGCUCAGCUUUAAAACUCCAAGUAGCGAAGGCUUAAGAAGUGGACUGACCAGUCCCAAAGUUCCUAACGUUAAGGUGGAUGCCCCGACGGAUAAAUACAGAGGAAGGUUAUCCACGACCAUGACCAGCGAGUUGACUCGGGCCGAGCUCGAUCGUCAUAUCAAGAACAGUGUCGCCAUGAAAUAUAAGGGAAUCGAGAGUCCACGGGAUAGACGAGAGUUUAGCUAUGAAAAAAGUCCUCAAGGGGAUAAAGCUUUUGUUUAUUCAAAUGGCGCGAUGGAUAGCUCUGUUAAUACUGUGAAUUCUUAUGGGAAAACAAGAUUCUCACCGAAAACGGUACCAGAAAGCAGAAAGCGAUCAUCGAACUGGAACGUCACGGAGUUGGAGUCGAGCAGAGCAUCGGUGGAGACGCUGAGCCACAGUCCCGUGUCAAAGUACGACCCACCUCCGCAGGAAAAUGGCAGAUUGAAGGUCAAUCUUCCUGAAGGGAAGACCAAGAUAAUAGAGAAUUAUGGUACGGUGAACGGUGCAAAACCAAGAGCUGAUACCGUAACGCCUGUCAUCACUGUGAAUCUAGAUUCUUCCAAGACAGAAGUGCCAAACAAAACUUCUCUAGAAUUAGUCGUUAAGCCAGACAAGUCUGAAGCUAAGUCGCCAAAAAGUUGCGAGAGCGCUAAAGAGGAAACUAACACUAAGUUUUUAAGGCCCACGUCCCUGCCGUUGAAGCCGGGUACCUUCACACCCAAGAGGCAUCACGGAAUCACUCCGACGGCUAAUACGCUACCUCUAAUAAGUCCUGAAACGCCCAGGCCCAAGAAGUCAUACGGCCAGUUAUAUUUAAACGGACACGCCUAUACCUACCUGGGCCUCAAGUGUUCCACUAGGGUGUUCUAUUGUACCUUAAAUAGACCUCAGCCGAUGUACGUCUCGCAGCAGCAUGGUCUCUCCAUGUACUCCAACUGGAAGAUUUGCAAGGAGUCUCCACCCGACCUCGACAUGGCCCAUUAUGACUCUAGACAUAGACCUCUCAGCUACAGCAUCGCCUGUAAGAAGCAGGAAGACAUCCUAACGCAUUCUUCACAGAGGCCCACUACUCCCACGAGUCCUGACAGUGGUCUGGAGAGUGAUACACCUGAGAAGGCUAAGAGGGUGAAGAUCUUCGAUGGCGGUUUCGAGAGCAACGAGGAUUAUACCUACGUAAGAGGUAGAGGUCGAGGUCGAUAUGUAUGCGAGGAGUGUGGCAUUCGAUGUAAGAAACCAUCAAUGCUGAAGAAACAUAUCAGAACUCAUACGGACGUUCGACCUUACACCUGCAAGCACUGCGCUUUUAGUUUUAAGACGAAGGGGAACCUCACGAAGCAUAUGAAGUCCAAAGCUCACUAUAAGAAGUGUUUAGAGCUUGGAGUUGUUCCUGUUCCGACAUCCGUGUGCGAUGAGAACAUCGACAAGGAGGCGAUAGCACGAUUGGCAGCUGGUGGAGGUAAUGCAGAAGAAUCUUCCGAAGAGGAGGAAGAGACAGACGGAGAGGAGAGCGAGGAGUCCGGGAGUGAGGAGCAUGAAGCUGCUCAGAGCCUCUUGAGUUUAUCCCAGCGAAGUUCAAACAGGCUUCCGGGAUUGUUGCCUUCCGGAAGACCAACCACAUAUCCCUAUACCUUGACCUUACCAACAACUUCCGCCACUACCAGUAUAGUGACUAGUGGAACGAAUUCGGCCCCUUUGAGUAGUCAGGCAGCUGCAGUAAUCCAGAGUGAACUCUCUCAUCGAUAUUACUUCCCGUCUACUCGUGCUGUACCUGAAGAAGCCAGAUCUAGUGUUAUACAAUCUUCCAAGAAAGAGGAUUCCGACUUGGAGUUAGAGGAAGUAAGGAGUUCAGAGUUUAGACAUCAGCUACCACAGCCUAUAGAUCUCACCACGAAACAGACUCCACAGCCACUUCCAUCUCCGAUAAUCCAACCAGCUAAAUCUGCUGAUAUUAUAACACCAGUAUCAGAACCUGUGUUGUUACAAACUUUGGUCCAGACUAUGGAGAGAUUACCCAUUCAGGGCAGAGAAUGGAAGCAGGAUGCAGAGGGUCAUAUGCUACAAGCUUAUCUCACCGAGAGGCACGUCAUGGACAGUAAAAUGAAACAGCAGUACCGCGUUGGAAAUUCGAAGUUGGAUAAACACGCGAUGGAAAGAGAUUUGUACCUGAAACAACAGGACUCGUUAAGGUCAAGACACAUGGAGAUGAAUAGUAUACCCACUGUUACUUAUACAGAUCCUAGUAAGAUGCAACACACGAUCUUGGAGUCAAGGAUAAAGAACAUCUCGAAGCAGACUCUGGAUGAUAUUAAACUAGAGAUCAGAGAAAAGAUCUAUCAGAAUAAUGCUACUAUUGAGAGGCGACCUUUUGACAUUGAAUCUAUUCAUAAAGAUAAGGAUAUCUCUGGUAGAUUAAUAACGGAACGCGAUAACUAUGAACGCAGACUAACCAGUCCUGGUGUGCGAAUCAAUGCUGAUUAUCCUAUGGGCUUGAAUAAGAGUAGCCCUAUGGAGAGGUCUAACUUCUCUUUAGAAUUACCAAGCAGAAGUACACCGAGUGUGGAAAGGCAAUCUCCAAAGAACUGUAAUCUGGAGAUGAGUAAUAGGAUGGCACCAGGGUCGCAGCAUGCGAUCAACGAAAUAGAUAGAAGUGCAAUGUUCACCGCGAUAAAAAUGAUGAGUGAAAUAGAACGACCACGUGAGAGUCAUACGCCAAAUCAGGAACCUAGACCGCCCAGUCACGAGAUGAGACCACCUUCGACAGAAUUGCGAAUCCAGAGUCACAGUCCACGUUCCCAGGACAUGCGACCGCCUAGUCGUGAGACCAGGAUACCAAGUCAGGAAUACAGACCACCUAGUAGAGAGCUGAGACCACUUAUUCAAGAAUUCAAGCUGCCCGGUCAAGAAUUGAGGCCGAGCGGUCAAGAAUUCAAACCUUUAGGUCAGGAUUUGCGACCUAGGGAAUUGUCACCAGUACCUGGGGCAGAGAUGCGACAAUUGAACUCGGACUCCAGACCGCCUAGUAGAGAUACGAGAUUACUCGCGGAAUUCAGAUCCCAACCACAGGAAGCCAGACCGAAUUUCGAACCAAUGCAAUCCGGGAUUCACGAUUCGGCUAAGCACCAGGAUAGCCCACGGUCACAUAAUGUUGAUACCAGGAAUGCUGAAAGGAUCGACGUCAAGCAUAGCAUUGAGAUGCCCAAGCAGAAUAUAUCUGAGAAUAUAAAGCACUCGGUGGCGAGAAAAAUGGUUGUAGGUGGUCCAGGAUUUCGAUCUCCGUCUCCACCAGGGAGUUCAAAACCGCAGGCGGAAUUCUUGCAACCAUCUAGUGGACCAGCUCCAAAUUAUGUUAGUUACAGUGUCACUGAAGAUGGCCGUAGUGUCUGCGGUAUCUGUAACAAGGUGUUCAGCAAGCCUAGUCAACUAAGGUUGCACAUCAACAUUCAUUAUUUUGAGCGACCAUUUAGAUGCGAGAGUUGUGCUGUCUCCUUUAGAACAAAAGGACACUUAACAAAGCACGAGCGAUCAGUCUCUCAUCACAACAAGGUCAGCAUGACGUCUACCUUCGGAGCUGCCACGACGAGUAAUCCCAGGCCUUUCAAAUGUACAGACUGUAAGAUAGCCUUCAGGAUACACGGCCACCUGGCCAAGCAUCUCCGAAGUAAAAUGCACAUAAUGAAACUGGAAUGCUUGGGUAAACUGCCAUUUGGCACAUAUGCUGAGAUGGAAAGGUCAGGUGUCAAUCUAAACGACAUAGACACUACCGACUGUGAUAAUAGUCUAACUAGUCUUCAGAUUCUGGCUCAAAAGCUUUAUGAGAAGGAUCCCACUAAGAUGGGACAAUGGGAUGCAGAAAUGAUUCCAAACCAGGGUGCCAGUGGCGGUGAAACAUCCUCAGACGAGGGUGAGCCAAUUCCGCCUCAUCCGAUGCAUCAGUAUCCUCCUCAGAUGUCAUCCGAGAAUGAUGUUCCACGUGGAUACCACAUGCCAAUCCUCGUCAGUGAGGAGUCCAAGUCUAUGAACGACAUCAGGCACGCAAAUCCACAAUUCAGCCAGCCAAGGACGGAUUACUCCUUGAAGGAGAGGCAGAAUCCACCUAGCAGAUCGUUAGCGGAUGAGGUAAGAGCCGAGGAAUUAUCCUCUCACAGUCAGUGCUACAAUUGUCAGCUGUGUACGGCAUCCAUGCGAACCGUGAACGAACUUCAGGUACAUUGUUUCGUCGAGCACAACAUCGACGCGGACGCAGUCGCUAAUAAUCAUGGCAGUGGGAGCGUUACUGACGUCCGAGACAAUGAAAACAUUCAGAAGAGGCUGACAGAUGAGACUGUACCAACUACGGAUGAGCACAGCAGACAGAAGGUCGACGAUACGUAGUGCCAAAAUUAUCCAGAGUCAAAUUUGGAAUGAUAACUCCUAAAAGGUUUUGUUCCAUGGAGCCAAGGAAACCCUGUAUGUGUGAUGACGUACAGUCCUAGGCUUUUGGUAGUCGCGAUAACUGAUUCACUCUUUACUAGCAUUUAAUUCGAACUCUUUCUUCUAUGUUUUUCCAUCUUACUGUAUCCUUUUGACGCUCGGGCAAUUGUUCUCUGCUGGGGAUGAUACGACAUACCAAAAGUCUGUUUUCGAAAUGAAACCAAUUGCCAAGGGAUUUUUCAUGAUCGUUUUUUACGGUUGAUUUCGUAUUCGCGAUGCGCAUAAUGAAAAAUUUAAAAAAGAACGUACAGCUCUGUUAACCAGUAACGAAUACAAUAUUUAUAUACGAUUAUUUUAAUUAGUAGUCUAAGGUGCAAUGGACUGGUAUGUGAUUCUGUAUUUAAAGUGCAAAUGUUGCGUGCAACCUUGAAGAGUAUUGUAAUAUUACAAAUUAUUACUACUAUCAAUUAAUUAAUUGCUAUAGGUAUAUAAAAGAGGAAUACCGGAUAUGGUGUAUGUUUGUUUUGUAUGAUAUUAACUGAGCACUAAGCCAUUAUUGUUGAUACGAGAGAGAAAGAGAGAGAAAAUGUGUUUGUAUAUAUUUAUAUAUAAUAAUUACGGAAUCAUAUUAGAAUUAUAUGAUAAUUUUUAAGUAAAUCGCAGAUGCGGUAAUGGAUCUUCACAAUGACUCUGCAGAAUAAUCGAUCAUCUGAUUAAUGAUUCCUGGGAGAAUAUUUAAUUAUUGCAAGCGAGUACUCGCAAUCGUCACCACAUUAACUCAUAUGAUCGAUUCAUUUAUUCUGUUUUAAUCGAAACAUUUACGAAGCAGCAUACCUUCCAUAAAUGACAGCUAAACACUAAUUGUUAAUUAUAAAAUAUCUGUCUCGCGUGACGAGUUUUCUAUAUGGUCCUCCGUCGGGUGCGCACUGUGUCUAUUUCAAAAUUAGUAUAAUCAGUAAAACAGAUAAAAAUGAAAAUAGUCAUAAUUAGUGACAAGGUAUGAAGAUACGAAUAUACUAAUGGCGUUAUUCAGAAUAAUCGUAAUUUAUACCUAGAUGCGCUCGAAGGACGAUCAGUUGAAGGAAAAAUAGAGAGAAAAAAAUUUAAUAGAUCGCAGGAUGACCGCACAAAUGAAUACAACGAGGUCCGAAGAAGGAGAUUGUUGCCAAACGAUAUCAGUGUAGCGUAGCGUUUAAUGAAAAAAAAAGUAGCAUUCGGUGUAUACAUAUAUUAUAGUUCUAUCGAAAUCCAAAAAAAAAAUGCACCACCCCUACAAACUAUGUAUGAGCUUCCAAAGAUGUGUAAGUGUAACUGUGCGUGUGUGUCCAGAAUGCCAAGUCAACUCUUUUAUUUUUGAUUCAGUAUCUUUUUCGAUACCGGCAAACGCUCUAAUGCUACUCGUGUUAUAUAUUAUACAUAUAUUUAUGCAUAGCAUAAAUUUACAUCUAAUAUACACAUAUAUAUGUCGAUAUAUGGUUUCUAUGGAAACGUCGGAAAAAAAUGUAUAUUUUUUUAUAAUGUCGAGACUAACUUUCAGCGAGAUAUUUUCGAAACGGUGUCCUUUUGCAGUAGAAAUAUUAUAUCUUUCGAUUGUAUUUAUGAACGAACGACAUUCACAUAUCAUAAAGAAUUUUCUGAUUGCCGGUUCGAAUUUGACUUUGUUCUUCUUUUUGUAAAUUCAUAUGGUUACUGUGUCAACUGAAAUAUGAUCUGGUCUGUCAUAUUUGAUUUUUUCUUGAUUUCGUUUAAAAUUUUCUUAAAUACAGCUUGACUUGGCUGCUUCCAGACUCAGUAUUAGGAAAAAAACUCUGUGACAAAACAAGGACCUCCUUGUUCCAUUUAAAAACUACUAAUGUCACUUUGUAUGCACAGCCCACUUUUAUCAUCAGUUUUCAUCAGCUUAGUUUAUGGAGAAUUUCUAUACAGGGCAAAAUAUUUAAUGUCAUCUGACUAUUUUUAUGAAUGAUUUAAAUUUUAUAUACCUUCCGACACUAACACUUACAAAUUGUUGGUAAAAAUAGUAUUUUAUAUGUAUACCAUAAAUGAUUUAGAGACUUAGAAUUUUAUAAAAAUUUACCAACAAUUGGGCCAACUCUUUGGUCCAAUCAACUUUACGAUACUAUUAUCGAACAACUUUGUAAUCGUUUGGAACAUCAUCGAAUCACUUUAGGUUUAAGAAGGGAAAUCUAUCAUGGAAAAUACUUUUCAUUGGAACCAAAAUGGCUUUUGCCAAUAAAUAUCACAUAAUGGGACCGGAGUAAGAUUUUAUAAGCGUAUAUUUAAAAUAGUAUCAAAUUUUAUCAACCAUAGAUUGCCAACACUUUGCCAGUGCUGCUGUCAGUUUUCUUCCUAAUUCUGCAACUCUGUUGAACUAUUGACAAAAAUGUAAUUUAUUUAUUGUAAAUAAAACAAAUAUAUUGCCUAAAAACAUUAA